UUUUUUGUUAUCGCCCUCUCAAAGUAGCGCCUUCGACCUUCAUUAUCUCUCUUGGUUUUGUAGACGAGUGUUUCAGCGCGCUAAAGCGUACAGAGAAAUGAAUCCCUGCUUCGCUUAUUCCGCUCUCCUCUGCUUGCUUCUGGCGCUGUCAGUGGUAGCAGUUCACGAUGAAGCGAAGUUUGACUGUUACCCCGAGCAUGGAAACGAGACGCUGUGCAGAGAUAGGGGGUGUACAUGGGAGCAAUCGGCAAACAAGGGAGUGCCUUGGUGCUAUUACCCAGAGGGCUUUGGCGGAUAUAAGAUGGUCGGGCAGCCUGUGUCGACAAGCUAUGGUCAAGAAAUAACGCUAAAGAGGAGGACCUCACCGUCCGUGUACGGCGGAGACAUCGAGACCCUGAAACUGGUGAUAGAAUGGCAGUCAGACAAGCGACUCAGAUUCAAGUUUUACGACCCUCAGUCACCAAGGUAUGAAGUUCCGAUCAAGAUGCCGAAUGCCACAAAAAAGGCAGAGAGUACAGACUACGAGGUUAGGGUGGCACAAGCGGAUCCCUUCGCUCUGCAGAUCACAAGGAAAUCCACGCGGACCGUCAUCUGGGAUUCGUCCGUUGGAUCCUUCAUAUUCAGCGACCAGUUCCUACAGAUCUCCACCAAGACCCCUUCCAAAUACGUGUACGGCUUUGGCGAGCAGGAACACUCAAGCUUCCGCCAUGACAUGUCCUGGCGCACGUGGCCUCUCUUUACUCGCGAUCAGUUUCCUUUCGAUGGUGGCAAUGCCUACGGGCAUCACGCUUUUCAUGUGGGAAUGGAAGAGGACGGCAACGCACAUGGCAUCUUCUUGCUGAACAGUAACGCAAUGGAGAUCGCCCUUCAGCCAUUGCCCGCCAUCACAUACCGUACUAUCGGUGGUAUCCUGGAUUUCUACGUCUUUCUUGGACCUUCUCCCGAGUCUGUAAUCGAGCAAUAUACAGAGGCGAUUGGUCGUACGUUCAUGCCUCCCUAUUGGUCACUUGGGUUCAUGCUUAGUCGCUGGGGGUACAACAGUCUUAAGAGGGUUCAGGAUGUGGUAGAGAGCAUGCGCAAAUACGAUAUACCACAGGAUGUGCAGUUUGGUGACAUCGACUAUAUGGUCCGGCAACUAGACUUCACCUAUAACAAGGACAACUUCACAAAGUUGCCCGAAUGGGUGCGAUCUGUCAAGAAAGACGGCUUGAGAUACAUCAUAAUACUGGAUCCAGCUAUAGGCGCAAACGAAACGGCACCGUACCGCCCUUAUGACCUUGGGAACCAGAUGGACAUUUGGGUGAAAGAUAUGUAUAAUAAAACCCUCUUUGGGAAGGUGUGGCCGACGUACGAAGACGUCAAUGUCAACGGAUCCCUCAGCUGGGAUAAGCAAACCGAGCUAUACCGACAAUGGGCUGCUUUCCCCGAUUUCUUCCAUCCAAGAAUAAAGGACUACUGGGGAAUUCUUGUCAAGGAAUUCCAUGCGAUUAUUGAGUUUGACGGACUCUGGAUUGAUAUGAAUGAGCCAGCAAACUUCGUGACGGGAACUGUUUAUGGCUGUCCAAACUCCAAAUACGACUAUCCGCCUUACAAGCCGAAAAGUGUUUAUGGGGCGGUACUUGCCGAUAAGACCCUGUGUAUGAGUGGUCGACACUCGACCGGUCUCCACUACGAUCUACACAGCUUGUACGGAAUGCAACAGUCAAUUAUUACACAGAAAGUGAACAGAGAAACUCUUAUCGGCAAGCGAAGCAUGGUGUUUUCGCGAUCCACGUUCGCGGGCACUGGGGCCUACGCUGGUCAUUGGCUAGGAGACAACGUGGCGCGCUGGGAUCAGCUUCAUGCCUCUAUAAUAGGAAUGCUCGAGUUUAACAUGUUCGGCAUACCUUAUAUCGGUGCUGACAUCUGUGGCUUUUUCGACAACCCCUCCCCUGAGCUUUGCCAGCGCUGGACGCAGCUGGGUGCAUUCUAUCCAUUUAGCAGAAACCACAAUGGCUUUGGAAACAAGGCUCAAGACCCAGCCUCAUUUGGUGCAGAAUUCGCUACCGCUGCCCGUGAUGUGUUGCGUACUCGUUACACCCUCUUGCCAUAUUUGUACACUCUGUUCUACCAGUCACGCAAGACCGGAGCUACGGUCGUACGCUCGCUACUAGCCGAGUUUACUUCGGACAAGAACACAUGGGUGAUCGACAGGCAGUUCAUGUGGGGUGGAGGUCUUCUCAUUAGUCCUGUGCUGGACCAGGGAAAGGUAGACGUGAAAGCCUAUGUACCAGACGCCCGAUGGUAUGACUUCAAAACGGGUGAAGAAGUCCCAAAAGAAAGCAGAAAGAAGACGGUCACGUGGGACGCCCCAAUCGACCACAUCCCCGUGCACGUCAGAGGUGGUCACGUGAUCCCAACACAGGAGCCCGCCAAUAACACCAUGUUCAGUCGCAAGAACAACAUGGGUAUUAUUGUAGCUCUUGACGAGAAUAACGAGGCGCGCGGGGAGCUGUUCUGGGAUGACGGCGAGUCUGUUGAUACGUACGAAAAGGGAGAUUACUUGCUAGUGAAAUUCUUGUGUAAAAAGAAUGCACUGAACAUUACCGCCGUCACCAAGGGCUAUAACACCAAACUGGUGUGGGGGAAGGUAUUGGUGUAUGGUAUCUAUGGCAACCGACUGGAUGCCGCCACAGUGAACGGAAAUGACGUCACCAACACCAAGACUACAUUUUCUCAGAAAUACCAGAUGAUGAACAUUUCGGGCCUCUCAUUGGGCAUCACCGAUAGUCACCUGGUCACGUGGAAAACUCACUCGGUCACAGCUUCCGCUCCGUCGAUCGCUUCAUUUGCAGUCAUCGCAACACUGCUGACCAUGAUGAUUGCUGUGUUUGCUAUCUAAAUCUAGACGACACGAGUGGCCUAUGAUAACAAGGAAUGCUUUGGGGUCUAAGAACUGACUAUUAUUGGAACUUGACACCCUAGCAACAGCCGUUCUGGACUCGUCACGCUGGGCGGCACUUGAGCUAGCGUGACAAAUCCAGAACGGCUGCGAUGGAAACUACUGUCACUUGUGUAUGGUUGAUAUGGCGGAAAGUAGACAAAAAUGAUAUUAUGUAGAAGAACAUGACCAUGAUAACAUAACAAUAAAAGAUUAGCAUUUUA